CCGGACAGCGUCCUCCCGUGCUCCGCGCGCUGAUUGGCCGCACAGGCCGCACGCUGAUUGGCUGCGGCCAGGCCUCGCGGGCCGGUGGCAAUGGAGGCGGCGGCGGUUGAUGGUUGACCGUUGGCUCCCGGGUAGGGGUCGCCGCUCGGGCCAUCGGCUCAGAGCGGACCGGAGCGCGCAAGCUGCUGCCGCUCGGUCUCGAGCCCUCGCGCCAGAACUGGCUGGGUUCCGCCAUGCCGGCCGGCAGUAACGAGCCGGACGGCGUCCUCAGCUAUCAGCUUCCCUGAGAAUCUGAUGAAAGUUAUGGACCCUCUCAAGAAAAAUGCGUAUUCACACAUAAUCCUGAAGGCCCUUCAGGAGAACCUUAGAAAUCUAUGAUAAGAAGUCCUCUCUGCCAGAAAAAAUGAUGGUAUCAGAGGAAAUAACAGCCAGCUAGUGAGGCCUCGGCAGCAAGUACAGACCAAGAAGACUUGCUAUUCUUUUUUUUUUUUUUUUUUAUGAUUUUAAAUAAGAGACCAGAUGAAGAGGCUGUGGUGGACCAGGGUGGGACUAGUACAAUUCUCAACAUUCACUAUGAGAAAGAGGAGUUAGAAGGUCAUAGAACUCUGUAUGUGGGGGUUCGGAUGCCGCUGGGCCGGCAGAGCCAUCGCCAUCACCGAGCACAUGGCCAGAAGCACCGGAGACGAGGGCGGGGCAAAGGAGCCAGCCAGGGGGAAGAAGGCCCAGAGGCCCUGGCCCAUGAUACACCAUCUCAGCGUGUUCAGUUCAUUCUUGGCACUGAGGAAGAUGAAGAGCAUGUUCCUCAUGAGCUGUUCACAGAGCUGGAUGAGAUCUGCAUGAAGGAGGGAGAAGAUGCUGAGUGGAAGGAGACAGCUAGGUGGCUGAAGUUUGAAGAGGAUGUUGAGGAUGGAGGUGAACGCUGGAGCAAACCUUAUGUGGCAACCCUUUCACUGCACAGUCUCUUUGAGCUAAGGAGCUGCCUUAUUAAUGGAACAGUCCUUCUGGAUAUGCGUGCAAAUAGCAUAGAAGAAAUCUCAGAUCUGAUCCUGGACCAGCAAGAACUGUUCAGUGACCUGAAUGACAGCAUGAGGGUUAAAGUGCGAGAAGCUCUGCUCAAAAAGCAUCACCAUCAGAACGAGAAAAAGAGAAAUAACCUCAUUCCCAUUGUUCGCUCCUUUGCUGAGGUUGGCAAGAAGCAGUCUGAUCCACAUUCGAUGGAUAAGAACGGUCAAACUGUGUCUCCUCAGUCUGUUCCCACGACAAGUCUUGAAGUAAAAAAUGGAGUGAAUUGUGAACACAGUCCUGUGGAUUUAAGCAAGGUGGAUCUUCAUUUCAUGAAAAAAAUUCCCACGGGGGCAGAGGCCUCAAAUGUCCUGGUUGGAGAGGUGGAUACUCUGGACCGCCCCAUUGUUGCCUUUGUGAGGCUGUCUCCUGCUGUUCUUCUUUCAGGCCUGACAGAAGUGCCCAUCCCUACCAGAUUUUUGUUUAUCCUAUUGGGUCCAGUAGGGAAAGGUCAGCAGUACCAUGAGAUUGGCAGAUCCAUGGCUACCAUCAUGACAGAUGAGAUUUUUCAUGACGUGGCAUAUAAGGCAAAAGAACGAGAUGAUCUCCUGGCGGGAAUUGAUGAGUUCCUGGAUCAGGUCACUGUGCUGCCUCCAGGGGAGUGGGACCCCUCCAUUAGAAUCGAGCCACCCAAAAAUGUCCCCUCCCAGGAGAAAAGGAAAAUGCCUGGAGUUCCAAACGGAAAUGUUUGCCACAUAGAACCGGAACCACACGGGGGCCACAGCGGGCCGGAACUUCAGCGCACCGGGCGGCUCUUUGGGGGCUUGGUGUUGGACAUCAAGCGGAAGGCCCCCUGGUACUGGAGCGACUACCGGGAUGCACUCAGCUUACAGUGUUUGGCCUCCUUUCUGUUCCUGUACUGUGCCUGCAUGUCGCCUGUCAUCACCUUUGGGGGAUUGCUCGGAGAAGCCACUGAGGGACGCAUAAGUGCAAUUGAAUCCUUGUUUGGAGCCUCCAUGACUGGGAUUGCCUAUUCCUUGUUUGCGGGACAGGCUCUCACCAUCCUAGGAAGUACGGGGCCAGUGCUUGUGUUUGAAAAGAUUUUGUUCAAAUUCUGCAAAGACUACGCUCUUUCAUACCUCUCCCUGCGAGCUUGUAUUGGACUGUGGACCGCCUUCCUGUGUAUCGUCCUUGUGGCAACUGAUGCCAGUUCCCUUGUCUGUUACAUUACCCGCUUCACAGAAGAAGCAUUUGCCUCCCUGAUUUGCAUUAUUUUUAUCUAUGAAGCCAUAGAAAAGCUGAUUCACCUGGCAGAGACCUACCCCAUCCACAUGCACAGCCAGCUGGACCACCUUAGCCUGUAUUACUGCAGGUGUACUUUCCCAGAGAAUCCCAACAAUCAUACCCUACAGUACUGGAAGGACCACAAUAUUGUGGCAACAGAAGUCCACUGGGCCAACCUGACUGUUAGUGAAUGCCAGGAGAUGCAUGGAGAGUUCACGGGAUCUGCAUGUGGCCAUCACGGACCCUAUACUCCCGAUGUGCUCUUCUGGUCCUGCAUUCUCUUCUUCACCACCUUCAUCCUCUCAAGCACCUUAAAGACAUUUAAGACAAGCCGCUACUUCCCAACCAGAGUACGCUCCAUGGUGAGUGACUUUGCUGUCUUCCUCACUAUCUUCACGAUGGUGAUCAUCGACUUUUUGAUUGGAGUCCCAUCCCCAAAACUUCAAGUUCCCAGUGUGUUCAAGCCAACAAGGGAUGAUCGAGGGUGGAUUAUUAGUCCCAUUGGCCCCAAUCCCUGGUGGACUGUGAUAGCUGCGGUUAUCCCGGCUCUUCUCUGCACUAUCUUAAUAUUCAUGGACCAACAGAUCACAGCUGUCAUCAUUAACAGGAAGGAACACAAGCUCAAGAAAGGCUGUGGCUACCACCUGGACCUGCUGAUGGUGGCCAUCAUGCUGGGUGUCUGCUCCAUCAUGGGCCUGCCUUGGUUUGUGGCUGCAACCGUCCUCUCCAUCACGCACGUGAACAGCCUCAAGCUAGAAUCUGAGUGCUCUGCUCCUGGAGAACAACCCAAGUUCUUGGGAAUCAGAGAACAGAGAGUGACAGGCCUUAUGAUCUUUGUGCUGAUGGGCUGCUCAGUCUUCAUGACGGCCAUAUUAAAGUUUAUCCCGAUGCCAGUACUCUAUGGAGUUUUCCUCUACAUGGGAGUUUCCUCCCUACAAGGAAUUCAGUUCUUUGACCGUCUGAAGCUCUUCGGGAUGCCUGCAAAGCACCAGCCGGACUUCAUCUACCUUCGGCACGUGCCCCUGCGCAAGGUGCACCUCUUCACCCUCAUCCAGCUCACCUGCCUCGUUCUGCUCUGGGUCAUCAAGGCAUCUCCAGCUGCCAUUGUCUUUCCGAUGAUGGUAUUGGCGUUGGUCUUUGUCAGGAAAGUCAUGGAUCUCUGUUUCUCUAAACGAGAGCUGAGCUGGUUAGAUGACCUCAUGCCUGAAAGUAAAAAGAAGAAGUUGGAUGAUGCCAAAAAGAAGGCCAAGGAGGAAGAGGAGGCUGAGAAAAUGUUAGAAAUCGGGGGAGACAAGUUCCCCUUGGAGAGCAGGAAGUUACUAAGUAGUCCUGGAAAGAACAGCAGCUUCAGAUGUGACCCCUCUGAGAUUAACAUAUCUGAUGAGAUGCCGAAAACCACGGUCUGGAAAGCUCUCAGUAUGAACUCUGGCAAUACAAAGGAAAAGAGUCUCUUCAACUAAAAGUCUUUGCUGGGAAGGAAGAUUUGGGCUGUGAGGUGCCUCAGGGAAGUUCUGGUUACAGAGAAGAUGGUGAGUCUCUCAGAGAAGAAGCAAGACCAAGUCUGGCCUGUCCGCCAUCAUGUCAAAGCCAUGCUGAAGCAUCCAGUUACCCGUGCUGUGCGCUGGAGGGCAGCCAGCCAUCCCCAUACCAGCAGCCCAUCACCAGAGGUGAACGGGGAAGCAGAAGACCACCUCUUGCUGGUACUUCUCUUCUUCCUUUCUCUUUCUCUUCAGAACUGCCACCCGUGAAGACCCAGCUUCCCAUCUUCCAGACAUUUUCUCUGAAACUCUCUGCUGGCCUGCAGAGCCAUAUGGAUCCACCCUUCCCCUGAGGAUUCCUUCGAUGAGCUCCCUCUUCCUGAAGGAUGGGGCCGGGGAGUCAGAGGAGAGCAGAGAGAAAAGGGAAGGCUCUCCAGUCCCAUAGAAUCCGCAGGCUCUGAGGCAGUCCUGGGCCUUCGUUUGAUGCCUCCUCUGGGGGAGGCUGGUCAUCCCCAGAGGCUGUCAGGGAUGUCCGCCACUAGGAGGAUCAGUGACCUGGGCAUUGGCAGGGCUCACCACCACAGCCAGAAGAUGCCUCUGCCCCAGACACAUCUGUGUCGCUUCCUAGCAGCAGCCUACAUAACUCGGCAAGAACCGUGGGUGAUGACAGGGCCAUGAGGGACACUGGAGUUGUUCAGCUCAGACAGGAGAAAGCUUGGGGGAAGAUCAGCAAUGAUAAGUGAGGACAAGUAGCUUCUCUUGGUUUCAUUGAGGAUGGACUAAGAGAACGAGCUUCAGUUGUUCCAGAAGGAGUUGGUUUAGACACCAGGAAGGGCUUCCUAGCCUGAAGAUUUGUCCUAGUGUCUGCUUUCUAGACAUCUGAGAAAGGUUCGAUAAUAGUUGUUUGUGAGUAGAAAGGGAGAUACGGUGUUUUUAUUGGACAUGUGGAAACAUCCAUAUUUUGCUGCUGUCUCUUAAGGAUACAUUCUGAUUCUACUCCAGGAGAGAUCCAAAUGCUUACGUAAUGUCUCCUUAGCUGCCUUAGUAGCAAACCAUCCUCAACUCAAUGGACCCAAACCACCUUCAACCGGGUGGUUUCUUCAUCAUUGUGAAUUUCUUUUGAUUGACAAGUGUUUUGGCUCUCAGAUGUAAAAAGCCACACUGGGAAAUGAACCAUGAGUGAUGAAAUUAAUUUUGGUAUUUAGUUGAAAACUAUAUUUAUAGUUUUUUCUCUUCUCUAAUGUGAUGAAUAUCAAGUGCGUCUAGGUUUUCCUUUCUUUUGUGCGCAGAAUGUGACAAGUCAGCGUGUUGGUACCCAGGGAAUUCGAUCACAUCAGUUUUCCAUCUUGGAAAAUCUUUGUUCAGUGGUAUGUUCCUACGGGUUGCUCUCCUUUUGUAGGUGAAGAGUUGGUGACAAAACUUUGUGGAAUUUUGCAUUCCUUCGACUCUUAAAAUAAAUCAGUGUAGUCUAGUCUUACUCUGAAGUCCUUUGAAAUUGAAGGAAUCCUGCAUUUCUUUAACAUUGUCCCAUCCCCCAGAACCAUGCCUAUUUCAAUACGCAGACGAUUGUCAGACUACUGAACAGCUGGCACAGGAUGGACGCCAACCACUCAGAACGGAUGCCGGCUGUAAACAAGCAGGUAUGUGUGGCGUAGCCGCUGCCUGUGGGCUGGGCGCCAUGUUGCUUUCAAACGUUAAAACCACAUCCCUUGAAAUUGUGGUAUUGUUCCUGGCUUGCCUGAUUUCUGCUCACAAGGCUGUUUCAGGGAUAGCCUUGGCUUCCCUUUAUAUGGUGCAGACAGGAACAGGCACACAUCUUUGAACUAUAUGGGCAUUAAAAUCUCUGCGAGCCAAAGCUUCACAUUUUAUCACUUUGGGCGAAAUGUAAUGAUUGUACCCAUUUACCUACUUAAUGUAGAAAAAUCAAAAGGCAACCUGUCAGUGGGAAAAGCUUUCCUGCUGACUUGCCCUGUCUCUCUUCAGCUGCUUCCUUGAGCUUGCCUCUUUCUUCGUCUUCCUUGUUCCCUGAGAGCACUCCUGCUUUCCUCUUCCAACCUGCUCCUCCUAUCAUUUCUGGCCAUCACUGUAGAGGCAGGUUGGUGACUGCUUCUCCUGUUCCCCGAGCCUCAGCACAGCUGUGAGGAAUGUGGCGCAGAAAAGCCUAUUGUACAACAAGUUAGGUGACAACAUCACUCAGAAAAAUCUCCUAAUGAUCGGUGUCUCCUGAUGCCUUAUAUACGCUAGGCCUCUCGAGAACAGAAAACCUGUCCUUGUUAACUGUGUGCAGUCAAUCACUGGACCACGUGUAUACAUCUGGUCCUUCUAGAACCAGACCCUCCAGGUUCCUGCGCCGUAGGAAUGUUAUUUACUUUGGAAGCCCGUGCCAAACCGUUAAGGCCAUUACGUCUUUUCUCAAACAGUAGCGAGCCUCGUUUCUGCUGCAUCUCUGUGGUGGAAACCAUUCCCUACUCUUCUUGUCUCUCUUUUCCCAACUCCCACCAAAUGCUCAACCCCAGUCCUACCCGAAUGCUUCCUUUCUCACGGCUGGUGGCCAUGGUGGCAGAGGCAAGCUGGGCAGUGUUUGGGGUAGGGAACUGUGAGUGGAGGUGAAUAUGUGUGUGUGUGUGUGUGUGUGUGCAUGUAUGAUCAUCGACAAAUGCAAGUGUGUCCAUAGAUGUCCUUGCUGCUAUUAAGUAGCUUUGUGUACCUAAGCUGGGGGGACAUUAAAAAAUACCAUCGUUCUCCUAACUAGGGUUUCUCAGAGUUCUCUGAUAGAAUAGCUUGACGACAAAUAUAGGCAGAUUAGUCUAUAGGAAAAGGUGUUUAAACUCAAUGUUAAGAAGAAACUGACUUAGGGGUAGAGAUUGCGGGAAUGUUGGCAGGCCAGUGCCCUGACGGGCUGGUUGCGUCAAGGUAGGAAGGGAAGGAGGCCAGGAGGUUAAGAAAGUGAUAGUAGGUGAAAACCUGGUUCUAGUGGUAGGAGUGGGCGUUGUGGGGUGGUUGGGUUACUUCUAGCUCAUGACUUUGAGGGGAAGGUUUGGUCCAGAGAGAAGGGGGACACCAGCGGUAUGCCAUGAACAUGCCAGAUCUGUUCAGUUGCGUAAAACCCAGACUAGCCCUUUGUGAUGAUAUGUGAUUUCCAACUUCUGAUGAUGGGAUCAUCAGGAGAUCUGGUCUUUACGUGUACGGCUCCUGUCUGCACCUCCUUAGUUAUAGAAAUUUGCCUUUGGAAUAGAGAAGUAAGGAACCAUUUAUUCCAAAAGAUGACACGAAUAGUUGCUCUUUCUCUUUGUUUGGGAUGCAACUGGCUUUUAAACUAGUCAUAAAUGUUUGAUAAAAAUCUGGUAAAUGCUCAAAAGUCUCAGGCGGGGCUGACAUCUCAGGCUAUGACAGCUGUUCAAGAGGUCUCUGAUUUUAGGAAUCUGUGCUUUCUGGUCAUCCAAAGAAGAUAAUUCCCACUUUUACUUAAUUUUCGACUUACUCAUAUCUCUAGACUUCCCUCUUAGUGGAGGAAUCAGCAGUUCUCCCUGCAUCUUCUCUAUCGACUUCCCUGUCCAUGUCCUGAGCUCUAUGUUUUCCUGAGACAUAGAAGGUGUGACUCCUGGGCUCCUGGCUUUCCUUUUAAUUGGCAUCAGAAGUCCCAUCCACUCUGUUCUCUCUGCUACUGUAUCAGCUUCUCUAAAUAUCUUCUUCUGCAACAGUAUUUGCACCUCUUCCUAGGACUUUAAAGCAAUCUUUCUAUUUGUCACCGCAUUUUCUUCAGACUUCUCAGGUUUCCAAGCCACAUCCUGGCAGGACAUUCAGGAACCCUGCAUUGAAUGUUCUUGGCCUUCCUGACUUUCUUUGGGUUGCAGCUGUCAGACCUGCAUGACGUAAAAAUCCUUCCUGCGGGGCCCGACCGGCCAAAUGAGACCUCCUCCAAGUUCCGCCCCUUUUACUGACUCAGCUUCCUCCGGCAGUCUUUCUUCUCCUUUGUGCCUGGCCUUUCACGUUCUCCUCGGAGAGCCGACUGUUCUUGGUCAGGGGUCCUCAAAAUGACCACCAGUCAGGGGUGGUGAGAGGGGUGAGGAGGAUGGACCGUUCUGGGGCUCCUUGGGAAGGGGACGUUUUGGUGAUUAUUCCUGACUUGGUGUGAGGGACUAAGGAUUCUUGAAAUACUGAAAUAUUGAAAUCUUGAAAUAAGCUGGGACUUAGUCCCCAGCUCAUCCAUCUUUCAGGGUCAACAGGAAAAGAGACCCCCAAAGCAAAUCAAAGUGCUUUUUCUAUCAAACCUGUUCUUUUUGGUUCUUUUGAUUUGGUGCCCUUGUUCUCGUACCUUAAUCGUAGAGAAUGGGCGGUUGACUCAGUUAACACUUCUUUACUGGAAAGGAGGCUAAUUUUCAUAACCGAAAGAGGUGUGAAGGGUCCAUAUCCCUGCGUGAAGCAUGAGAAAGGGAAAGGAGCGUUAUGUGGAUCUCUUCAACAGGAAAAGUCAGAAAGCAGAAUGAUUCAUCCACAGGCAUAAUUCCUUUAGGACAUUCUGUGCUCAAAGGGAAUGGAAUGGUUUCUGAUCUUCUGAAAAGAAAAGAUAGCAUUUUUCUUAAGCCUAACCCACUUUCAGCGUUGGAGAACACAGAACUUUUUCUUCUAGCUGAUGGCAUUGACAUUUCCUGAGAGAGACAGACCCCCCCCCCCCCUUCGGGGCACUCUUUCACGCCCCACAGACAGCAGAUCUUGGGCUUCUCUUAGCAGGUUCACGACUGACGCCAGCGGGCAGGUUCUCACACACGCAACAAUGUAGGAGACAGAAGUACCAAACUGAAUGUGCAAUUACUCCUUUUGCAAAAGAGGCCAAAACCCUCCUCCCCACUCCUUCCUCCCAUAUUCACUCCUCCAAGAUGAUAAGCCUCCCUCACGUGGAUCUGUGUCCAUCUAUGUGAUUGGUGAGCUAUGGCUGCCCGAAGCUAAAGGUGUCAGCUGGAGAGCAGAGCACCUUCCCACAGAAGGGGGCAGCUUGAGGUGCUGGUACAUUUCCCUGGUUUUCUAUGUUCUUCUUUCUAGUAGGUCUCAUGUAGAGAUAGAGAUAUUUUUGUUUUAGAGAUUCCAAAAUAUAUAUUUUUAGUGUAAGAAAUGUACCCUCUCCACACUUCACGGUGUAAAUAGAACCGAAAACAAACGUGUUGUGAGAAUCCCAUAGCAAUCUGUGGUAGGAACAGGACCCUCUCCCUUGCCACCGAGUCUCACGGUCCGCAUCUGCGAACCAGGGGAGGUGACUGAGGCGCCUCUGCCUGCCCAGACCUUCCUGUGCUCAAGGGGACAAAUAAAGUCUGUGUAAACUGUUCA